AUAUUAUUUAAAUCCCUACUUUGUGUUCGCGUGAAAAGAUUACACAAUGUUCACAUUUAAAAAUGAUUAAUAUUACAAAUUAGUGAAUCUCAUUUAAAGUGUGUGUGCCAUAUUAUUUAUUUUAGUCAUUUUAAAUCUUGAAUAUUAUCAUUGUGAAAAUGAUAUAGUUGAUAAAAUAAUUUUAUUCAAGUAAACAAAGAAUAAAUUUGUAUUCGAGAUGAACAUUGAGCAAAAAAACAUAUUCAUUAUUAAUUAUCGUAAAAGAAUGAUUAGAAGUCAUUUGUAUAAAAGUCAAAGUCUUAUACAAAACGUUGAUUCUAAUUAUAAGAAUUACCAAUAACAUAACCUCCAUAUUUCUUCCAAAUGAUUUAUCUUUUAAUUUUCUAUACUAAACGUUAAUAUUUAUAUAUGUAUAUAUUUAUUCGUAAAUCAUCCAUCAUACAUACGUGAAAUAUGUGGAUUUUAGAAAUAUUAGAUAUUCAUUUGAUAAACUUGUAUUUGAAGAAUCAAGUUAAAGAAUUACUCUACUGGUGGAGUCAUUACAUAAGAGAAAUUUCUUAUCAAUUGCUAAUAGCUUUUCUCGCCUAUAUUUGCGUUUGUAUAUUUUUCUAUGUAAUCUUAAAAAGAGUUAAUCAUGCUGCGUGGCAAUUACCUGGCCCUCCUCAUAGAAUAUUGUUGGUUACCGCGCAUCCCGAUGACGAAGUUAUGUUUUUCGGACCUAUAAUAUAUUGGGUCACUCGAUCAAAGAUCACCAAUUUAUAUCUACUGUGUUUCUCCUCUGGAGGAGAUAAACGAAGGAAAACAGAAUUAUGGAACUGUGCAAAAAUACUCGGUAUACCUGAAGAAAAUGUAACUAUUAUAAUGAGCAGCGAAUUACCAGACAGUCAAUCUGUACAAUGGCCAAUUGAUGUUUUAGCUGAAAGUAUAUUACAUUAUAUAGAGAGCUAUCAAAUAAAUGCUGUUAUUACUUUUGAUAAACAUGGUGUAAGCAAGCAUAAAAAUCAUAUUUCUCUCUAUUUUGCAAUUGCUGCAUUAUGCAUUGAAAAGAAAGUGCCAUCCUAUUGCAAGUUAUAUGUGUUGGAAUCUGUGAACAUUAUUAGAAAAUAUGUACAGCUCUUAGAUUUACCAAUCAGUUUACUUUCUGCGUCUUACUGGUAUUUACUUACAUAUGAACAGAGAACAAAUAUAACUAGCGCCAUGAAAGCACACCAGUCUCAAUAUGUUUGGUUCAGAAAGCUAUAUAUGAUUUUUUCACGAUAUACAUUCAUUAAUACACUGCAAGAAGUCAAUGCGCUUGAUCUUGAAUUGGAUUUUCAAUUUGAUGAUGAAUACAUCCAAUCUAACUAAACCUGUACAAAAUGAAAGUAAUUAUAAUCGUAAAUUUAAAAAAAUACAUUUCUUUAUACCAAUGGAUUAUUCGAAAAAUAUUAUUGUCAAAUAUUCUUAUGCAUCGCAUUAAACUUCAUUGUUAUA